UAAAAUUUGCGGGCCGAUAAUAGAGAACAAUGUUAAGUCUGUUAACGCACCUCGCAGGUUAUUAGCAUAACAUGAGAGCUGGGAAGUUCGUUAACAAGGUAACCAUGGCGCUAAUGACCAAUCCGUGCAAGAUUGCAUCGCCUUCAACAUCCUUACUCUUCUCUCCAUCGCAUACUGCUAACGCGCGGCAGACGCCACCUCCUCCCCGCUCAUUCGUAGCGGCGAGCGAUGCCUCUGAAAAUGCCAACCAGCUUGAUGCAAUUUUCCGGAAAAAGCACGCUCUCCGAUCAAAGAUUCGUAGAGAGCUAAAGAACAUGAGCCUGAUUCAAAGAUCCGAAGAAGAUAAUUCAAUACAGAAUAUUGUAUUAGAAGCUCCGUGGUUCAAAUCCAGUCAGAGUUUGUGUACGUAUAUAAGCUCAGCUGCUUUACGUGAGGUUGAUACAUCGACAAUUUUGGCAGAAGUUCUACACCAUGUCCCCAGCAAUAAGCAGGAAAAACCAAAGAGAGUAUAUGUCCCGCGUGUAGAGGAUAGAUUUAGCAACAUGAGGAUGCUGAAUAUUUCAAGUUUGGAUGAUCUUGUCAAGAGCUCAAUGGAUAUUCUAGAACCAGCCCCAGUGGAUUCUGAUGGCAAAGAACGUGAGGAUGUUAUGCAGGCUAGUGAGCCAGUGGACUUGUUCAUUGUACCUGGGCUUGCAUUUGACAGAUCUGGAAGGAGGUUGGGACGCAGUGGUGGUUAUUAUGAUCUGUUCCUAAGAAAUUAUGAAGAGCUUGUCAAGAGAAAGAACUGGAAGCAACCGCUACUUGUUGCGCUUGCAUAUUCCAUACAAGUGGUGGAAGAGGGAGCUAUACCCAUCACUCCUAAUGAUGUUCCAGUCGACGCACUUGUUUCUCCAGCAGGUUUUAUUCCCAUUAGCCCAAUUGCCAAGAAACUACAUGACUCCACUGUUGCUUUCUGAGAAACCAAAUAUCAUGUUAAUUUAGUUAUCCUCAGUACUGCAAAUGCUGGUGCUGCCUCCCCAUUGUUAACCUGAACAUACAUGAUGAUGGUGGGAUGAAUUUCAACCUAUAGUUAACUAUGUAACUUGCCUUAGCUUUUAGCAUUGCAGGCUAUGGAUGGUAACUAAUUCACUUCACACCCAAUGGUUCUCUUUUAUAUAUCAUUAUUAUAAUAUCUGUCAAAAUUGAAUUA